AUGAACCGGACCGAGACCCAGCCCUUGACAGACUCGGAGCCUGUUGCAACACUCGUUGAGCGCUGGAGCCUUUCGCGGUCGCAACCUCCUCGUUACCAAAACCGGACCAAGGACGACAGGGAGCUGUUGGAGGAUUUGAUCGAGCUGGCCGAGGAAGCGGAUGAAGCAGAGAAAGGCAAAGAGCGGGUGCGAGAAACAGUGCAUCAAGUUCAAAAGCAUCAAAACGCAACAUCCAAGCGGGCGCAACAAACAUGGCAAUUCGCAAUGCAAACCAAGCCAACGACAUAUAUGUACAGGUAUGCCACAAUAUCAUUCGGCUUGCACCCUUCCAAGAUGUGCAAAGUAAUUAUCGCAGCGACCACGAACCAAUGGUUUGGAUCCUCUCACGCCAUGGCCUCACACCAACUGCUGGCCCUGUUUUUAUGCCGUCGAUACGAAUUGUUCCGCCUUGGAGACGACAGCCCUCCCGCCUUCCGCCCCACCGCCAUCCCAGGCUGCGUGCCAGUGCAACGCUUUGUCCGCGACGGUCAGUUUGGGCUGUCCAUAAAAUUGAUUUUCGGGCUGCUUCUGGAGACUAUAAAAGAUGCCGAGUCAGCAAUAGACACGCCCUUGGCUUCCUUGGACAGACCGGAUCCCGCAACACCACGGGGCGGCCGUUUCACCAAGCCAACAGCAUGGCCUACAGCAUUAGCAGCAGCCGCAGCAGCAGCAGCUGGGGGCUCGCGGUUCCGGUGGCCGCCCGCCGUGCGCAUGUAUGCUUCUUACACCCAGGAAAGCAUCAUGGGCACAUGGCCCACCCCGAGCGCCGUCGAGAGUAUCUGGAGUUUAUAA